GAAAAUGCCACGGUAGAGUUUGUUGACUGUGUGUCUGAAUCUGCAUACCAUUUAGAAGAUUCUGAUACGGCAAAAUGACAAACGCAUAUUCGUUCGAGGGAAUCAUUGUGUUCAGCAUGUUGGUUAUCUGCACCUGUGCCUACAUGAGAAGAGUUCCACGACUGAAAAAGUGGUUUUUAUCAGAGAAAAAGGGCUUUCUUGGGGUGUUCUAUAAAGCGUCUGUGAUUGGUACUAGACUUCAUGUUCCAGUGGCUUUGACUUGCAUUUUAAUGGCAUUCUACAUUCUGUUUCUGAGGUGAUAGGAAUUAAACAAGUGAAGGAAAGUGACUGAUGUAUAUAUAUUAAAAAGAAAAGAAUGGUGUUCAUUGACAACAUUUGGGUACAAUCAUGAAGUAUGGUACAGUGCAUUUUUGCUGUGAUAAAAGUAUUGUGCUCUGUUUUGUAAAAUUGUGCUGUCAUUUGACAUUUACAUAAGAAUUAUACAUGUUAUAUGUAUUCAGUAGGUGUAACAUUUUCAAAAGAAAAUACUAGAAUUGAUAGAAACAAUCAAAGAAAUGGACUCACAAAGUGGAAACUUUUAAUAGACAUGGAUUUAAUAGACAAGGGUCCAGAGGACAUAAAAUAAAUGCAAUAUCAUGUUUCAAAAAUGUGAUAUCUUUUAAAAUAUGUAUAUUUUCUGAAACAAAAAGUGUUGGUCAGACACAGUACAAAAAGAAUGUUUGUAUUGAAAAUAGUAUAUGUGUAGUGGGAAUGAAAAUACUGUGAAAUGGAACACUAGGUGUUAAAUUACACAAUGUUUACUCUAUAAAUUAUUUCUAAGAUGUUUCAAUUAGAAAAUACUCAUCAGUGAGUAGACAAUUUAUAAGGGAUCUGAACUUUAGAGUAAUCAUUUUUGUUCAUCUGUACCUUUCAAAUUUUGCGAUGUACCCAUUUGAACCUGCACAUAUCACACACUUUUUAUGUAUGUAGCAGAAUUACAGUGAAAAUAGUAGAAUUCUGCUUAUUAAAUAGGUAGUAGAAGAAACAUCAUUAUCAAUUAGAUAUUUCUGUGAACAUGUGGAUAAUAUGUACUCAAUGUUACUGAAUGUCUGCUGUCACACUGCAGGAACAUUCUUUAUGUAUGAAAUGUAUAUAAUUAUUCUUAGAUUUUUAAUAUGUGUAUUUGUUAUUUAUGAAUUU